ACCAAGAGAAAAUAAUUUGUUUUCCUUUCAGAGCCAUAUACUUCAUAGCUUCCCUCUAUUAAUAAGUUCAAGUUGUCACUCAUCGAUUAAACUUCCUUUUCCUCCCAUAAAUCGUCGAUUAAAGUAGGAGCACCUCGUGUUGGACUUUCCUGCUUGUUUAAACUUCCUUUAUAUUUUUAAUUAACCCUGAUUAACAAGAAUCCAAAACCCCAUUAAUUACCCCUGCCAUUAAUCACUGAUACAAGUUCUUUUUUAUAUUUUUUCAGAUCUACCCUCUGCAAUUUAUUUUAUUUGAUCAUGGCCAAACACACGACUAUCUCAGUGUCAAUAGGGUCCACUGAAAGUUACCUUACAGCUACGAUAAUUUUUCUGACUCUAUUGAGACCAAGCGUGGCUAAAAUUUCCAACGGGAAAGCGAGUGAUAUUAAUACUUCCUUAGUAAAAUUUGGAAUCAUUCCAGAUUUAUUGAAAAAACCUCCUCCGCAUGUUAUCAAGGUUCGUUGAUAAUUCCGUCAAAAAUGACUUAAGAAAAAUCUUGUUUAAAAGGUCUAACCGUUCCUGCUUGCUGCGACAUAACUACGCCACAUAUUCAUACGGUCACUCUCCUAAUUUCGGAAAUAAAAUCGAAGCUCAUUUUUUGAAAAGCAAUCCAUAUGCCAUCCUUUGGCCUUUUGAAGGAAGCCAAUUUUACACACUUCUGCUAGUAGGUAAUAUUGCCCUCAAACAUAUGUUCGUAAUUAAAUAAGAGAUGAAAUCAUGCAAAAUGUUUGUGAAAUUCUGCUUCUAUGAGAAAUACGGUG